UCUAUAAAUUCAAGGCCAGCCUGAUCUACAGAGUUCCAUGAUAGAGCUACUACACAGAAACCCUGUCUAGAAACAAACGCAUUUUUAUUUCUAAUUUUUAUUUAUUUAGUUUUUUGUUUUGUUGUGUUUUUCUGUUUUUUGGUUUUUUUGUUUUUGUUUUGUUGUUUGUUUUUGAGACAGGGUCUCUCUGCUAUGUAGAAGAGGCUUGUCUUCAGCUCACAGAGAUCUGCCACCUGCCUGUCUCUUGAGUGCUAGGAUUAAAGAAGGUCUCGCAGCGUCAGAGCUCCAGAGAUGGCUACCGCGAUGACAGUUUCCAGCAAACUCCUCGGCCUGCUGAUGCAGCAGCUGAGAGGUACCCGCCAGCUGUACUUCAACGUCAGCCUUCGAUCUCUGAGCUCCUCUGCACAAGAGGCGUCCAAAAGAAUCCCUGAGGAAGUCUCAGACCACAACUACGAGUCUAUUCAAGUAACAUCUGCCCAGAAGCAUGUUCUGCAUGUACAACUAAACCGGCCGGAGAAGAGGAAUGCCAUGAACAGGGCUUUCUGGAGGGAGUUGGUGGAAUGCUUCCAAAAGAUAUCUAAAGACUCCGACUGUCGGGCUGUUGUGGUCUCUGGUGCAGGAAAGAUGUUCACUUCAGGUAUUGACCUCAUGGACAUGGCAUCAGACAUCCUGCAGCCCCCAGGAGACGAUGUGGCCCGCAUAGCCUGGUACCUCCGAGACCUCAUCAGCCGAUACCAAAAGACUUUCACUGUCAUUGAGAAGUGCCCCAAGCCGGUGAUCGCCGCAAUUCACGGAGGCUGCAUUGGUGGAGGCGUGGAUCUUAUUUCUGCCUGUGACAUUCGCUACUGCACUCAGGAUGCUUUCUUCCAAGUCAAGGAGGUGGAUGUGGGCCUGGCUGCUGAUGUAGGAACGCUGCAGCGACUGCCCAAGGUCAUUGGGAACCGGAGCCUGGUCAACGAGCUGACCUUCACCGCCCGCAAGAUGAUGGCUGACGAGGCCCUGGACAGUGGGCUGGUCAGCCGCGUGUUCCCAGAUAAGGACGUCAUGCUGAAUGCAGCCUUUGCCCUGGCGGCCGAUAUUUCCAGCAAGAGUCCUGUGGCUGUGCAGGGGUCAAAAAUCAAUUUAAUCUACUCCCGAGACCAUUCUGUGGACGAGAGCCUUGACUAUAUGGCCACUUGGAACAUGAGCAUGCUGCAGACCCAGGACAUCAUCAAGUCAGUCCAGGCAGCCAUGGAGAAGAAGGACUCAAAAAGCAUCACCUUCUCCAAGCUCUGAGUGCCUUCCUGACCCUGGUCCCCUCAGUGCCUCCUCCCGGUGUAUAACUUUAUGACUUAGUUCUUCAGUUCCCGGGGCCUUAUCUCCACUGUGAACAAUAAAGUUUGUACAGA